UGCAUGUAUGUAGAAUUGAUACAAGCUGCAGCAUAAGCGGCAGUCUAUUGGUGUCCGCUCGUAUAAAAGUCCUAUACCGCUCGUGUAAGAAGUUCGUGGCCAAUUUUUUUUUAAAAAAAAGCUCGUAUGCAUGUAGAUGCGAGUGAUAUCCCAGGUCAGGAAGAAAGACGAGCAAGGCUAGGACACGACGAUGGUCACCAGCUUCUUUUUUCCGUAUGCUGGCAGUGGGUCGUGUGAGUUCCCCCUGCCCAUCGAGACGUCCCUGACAAGUCUCAUCGACGGGUUCCUCGAUACGUCGGCACUCUGGCUUUCCAACUCCACGUCCAGCGGACGCUCGGAAUACGGUGGAGGCUCCUUUCCUAGCCCCUUCUCCCUCUGUGAUCUCCUCCAUCCCCAUAUCGCCAGUGCAAUCAGCACCAACCCCGCUAUGCCGCCCACGACGCUGCCAGCGAUCACGCCUCCUGUGCUGACCGUAUGGGUGGUGACGCAUGAGAGAGGUGGCACAGGUCCAGGAGCGGAGGGGUCGAAGUAAACAAAGCGCUUUAUCGCGAGGUAGCCGACGAAAGAUGGGUAGCCAUUCGUCACUACUAGCGUAUGUGCUCCGUCCGGGAUGUUGGAGACGUUGAGGAGGGGAUAGGGAUCGCAGGGGGUUGCGGAAGGGUAGGGAGAGGUGAGGUUGUCCGCGAUGGAGAAGUUGGCUAAGGGGGAGCCGUCCAGCGUAAAGUUGUAUCCACCUGUUAGGACAGAGGGGUCCAGCAGGCCAUAGACGAUGAUGGAUGUUCCUGUCGGUCCACAUGCUUAGUGCUAGAAUGGUCAACGGCGUAGGGAGUGCGUACCGCUGAACGCUAAUUGCGCUGCGCUGCCCUCCGUAGCGGUUAAGAUGGUGUCGUUUGGUGCGUGCCCCUCGACACUCCACUGCCCGAGAUAGGACACAGACUGUCCAUUAUACUCCACGGCGAUGUCAUAUCCCGCUGCACGUGUGGUGUCGAGCUGGAGGCAGAGGGAAAGGAGGAGGGGUAGAGGUAAAAGUCCCUGGAAUGCAAGUUAGCGUCUUGGCAGGGCCAGGGAUGAGAUUGAGCUCACUGUCCGCAUCUUUGUGGUUGAUGGUCGUGUAC